CUAAAAGCAGUGAGUAAAUAUAAUAAAAACAUCAACAUAUAAUCUCAAAAAGUGUAAAGUAAAGAAAACUAAGAAGUGCACCACCAAUCACGAAAAGAGUAUUAUUAUACAUCCGUCCUGAAUGAAAAGUCAAAGGUCAUGCGCUACAAUAACAAUAAGGCUUUAGAGCGUAAAAGAGCAGAAAGCGAACGUGUAACAAAAAGUAAAGAGAGUAAAAACGCGGAAAUAUGAAAGGAGCAAGCAAGUGAAGAGACGAACGCCCAUAAAAACAAAACGCAGUGAAGCAACAAUUGUGCGGAAAACAAGGAAGAAAAGUAACGAAUACAUUCAGAGAACAAACGAAACAGAGAAAACUGUCAGCAGUAGCAUUAAAGAGCGCAGGAUGUGAGAGAGUGGGCUUUUGAUUGUUUGUAAAGUAAAAAAAAUAAACAAAAUAAUUAGUAUUUACUACAAAACAAGCUCUUACGCAUACUAUUUGUAUACAGUGUAUAUAUACUGCGCGGGAAAACAUAAUACAACACAAACGACCACACCACUCGCCAGCAUAUUAAUAACACUCAGCACACUUUCAAACAACACACCGCCGUAUAAUCAUUCACACAAGUGCGCGUAUAAUCAUUCAGCCUGGGUUUCGUUAAACGUAAAAGUUCCUCUGCGGAGAGUAUCGCCUUUGCGUCGGUCGGUGAGUGCAACUACGGUGGGGCUGAAGGUGCUGCGGCGGCUGGUCCCUCGACAUCAGCGUCGUGCUACGGUACGGGCCGGCGGAAAAGCAGCGCCAGCGUUGCCGAGGAGGAGGCAACACGCCGUCAGAAUCGUAUACGCGAACGGGAACGACAGGCGGAGGCGCGGCGUCGUCGACGCGACACAAUGUCCUUUCGCAAUGUGUAUCGUGCGCUGCGUAUGCGUUUAAGCAACGAUGAGGACCUCACUUCAACAGCGGCUGCGGCCGAUGAUACAGAUAGACGAAUAAUAUUUUUGAAUCGACCGCAAAUACAGAAGUUUUGCAACAAUCACAUAUCAACUGCGAAAUAUAGUUUUAUAAGCUUUUUACCAUCGUUCCUUUUUGAACAAUUUAGACGAUAUUCAAAUUGUUUUUUCCUAUUAAUUGCAUUAUUACAACAAAUUCCUGAUGUCUCACCGACGGGUCGCUACACAACACUGGUACCGUUAAUAUUCAUUUUAUCUGUGAGCGGUAUCAAAGAGAUCGUCGAAGACAUUAAACGUCAUCGUGCGGAUAAUGAAAUCAACCAUCGUAUGGUGGAGGUGUUACGCGAUGGCGCUUGGACGUCGGUGCGAUGGCGUGAUAUCGGUGUUGGCGAUAUUGUAAAAAUACCCAAUAAUAUAUUCUUUCCCGCUGAUAUAUUGUUGUUGUCGUCGAGUGAACCGCAAGCGAUGUGCUUCAUCGAAACCGCAAAUUUAGAUGGUGAAACCAAUCUAAAGAUACGGCAGGGUGUGCCAGCGACUGCGAAAUGCCUGGAAACUAAGGAUCUGCUGCUGCUGGACGGCACCGUGGAAUGCGAGCUGCCAAAUCGACAUUUGUACGAAUUCAAUGGCGUACUCAAGGAGAAUAAUAAGCCCACCGUUGCUCUUGGCCCCGAUCAGAUAUUGCAGCGCGGCGCUGUUUUGCGCAACACCGCUUGGAUAUUCGGCGUUGUCGUCUACACCGGACACGAUACGAAACUUAUGAAAAACUCUACCUCAGCGCCAUUAAAACGCUCAACCGUUGACACCGUAACGAAUACGCAGAUACUGAUGCUCUUCGUUAUAUUGGUCGUUUUAUCGUUGACCAGUGCGAUAUUGAACUUUUUCUGGACGCGCGAUUAUGCGAAAAUGUUUUGGUAUUUGGGCAUAAGUGAGGACAUCAAAAGUAAAAACGUUGGCUAUAAUUUGUUGACAUUCUUUAUUCUCUACAAUAAUCUUAUACCGAUAUCUUUACAAGUGACUUUGGAGUUAGUACGUUUUUUACAAGCCAUCUUCAUCAAUUUCGAUAUACACAUGUACUAUACGGAAACCGAUACGCCGGCCAUGGCGCGCACCUCGAAUCUUAAUGAGGAACUGGGCAUGGUGAAGUAUAUAUUCUCCGACAAGACCGGCACACUAACGCGCAAUGUGAUGGUGUUCAAAAAGUGUUCGGUGGCGCGUUAUAUGUACGAACCAGCAAACUCUCCCGAGGACUCGACGAUUGUGCAGAAUUUACUCGGCAAUCACAACACUGCGCCCAUCAUCAAAGAAUUCCUCACACUGCUCGCCGUUUGUCACACGGUCAUACCGGAAAAAUUCGAUGACGGCUCCAUUAUCUAUCACGCCGCCAGUCCCGAUGAGCGCGCCAUCAUCGAGGGUGCGCGCAUGUUUGGCUACAUUUUCGAAUCGCGCACACCGCACUAUGUGGAGAUUAAUGCGCUCGGCACCAUCGAGCGCUAUGAGAUACUCAAUGUACUCGAAUUCACUUCGACGCGCAAACGCAUGUCGGUCAUAGUGCGUGCGCCAACCGGUGAGAUUAAACUCUUUUGCAAGGGUGCCGAUACGGUGAUCUAUGAGCGACUCUCACCCGAUGGUCAAAUGUAUCGUGAUGCGACUUUGCAUCAUUUGGAAGAAUUCGCUUCGGAGGGCUUACGUACUUUGUGCUGUGCCGUUUCGGUGAUACCGGAGGAAGUAUAUAACGAGUGGAAGGAGACGUAUCACAAGGCGUCGACGGCGUUGCAGUAUCGUGAGCGCAAAGUGGAGGAUGCCUCCAAUUUGAUUGAGAACAAUUUGAUAUUGUUGGGUGCGACCGCAAUUGAAGACAAACUGCAGGAGGGUGUGCCAGAGACGAUAGCCUCACUGCUGGAGGCGGGCAUUUAUAUUUGGGUGCUGACGGGCGAUAAGCAGGAGACAGCGAUCAAUAUCGGCUACUCAUGCAAACUCAUUUCACACUCAAUGGAUAUUAUUAUACUCAAUGAGGGCAGUUUAGAUGCCACACGUGAUAUUAUACACCGCCACGUGGACGAGCUGAAGAGCACGGAUAUGAAAGAGUGCAAUGUGGCGCUGGUAAUCGAUGGCCAGACGUUGAAGUAUGCUUUAAGCUGUGAUCUGAAGCAGGAAUUUUUGGAACUCUGCUUGGUGUGUCGUGUGGUGAUCUGCUGUCGUGUCUCACCAAUGCAAAAGGCGGAGAUCGUCGAAUCUGUCACACAAUCCACCGGUGCCGUAACACUCGCCAUUGGUGAUGGCGCCAACGAUGUGGCCAUGAUACAGAAAUCUCAUGUCGGUGUUGGUAUUUCGGGCGUUGAAGGGCUGCAGGCAGCUUGCGCUUCCGACUAUUCGAUCGCACAAUUUCGUUACUUGAAACGUUUGUUGUUGGUACAUGGCGCCUGGAAUUAUAGUCGCAUUACAAAAUUGAUCCUCUACAGUUUCUACAAGAAUGUCUGUUUAUAUGUGAUUGAGUUGUGGUUCGCCAUCUACUCGGGUUGGUCGGGUCAGAUUCUGUUCGAGCGUUGGACGAUCGGUUUAUAUAAUGUUAUGUUUACCGCUUUGCCGCCAUUUGCAUUGGGUCUCUUCGAUAAAGUUUGUUCGGCCGAAACGAUGCUGAAAUAUCCGCAAUUGUAUAAACCAUCACAGGAUGCGAAGCUCUUCAAUGUCAAGGUGUUUUGGGUAUGGAUAUUCAAUGCGCUUUCGCAUUCCGUAUCGCUCUUCUGGCUGCCGAUGCUGAUGACGACGCUGUCCGUGUGGCCGGAUGGCAAAACAAGUGAUUACCUCUUUUUGGGCAAUAUUGUGUACACGUAUGUCGUCGUAACGGUUUGUCUCAAGGCCGGCCUUAUCACCAACUCAUGGACCUGGAUGACACACGCCUCCAUUUGGGGCUCAAUUGCUAUGUGGUUCCUGUUCAUGGUGAUCUAUAGCAACUUCUGGCCCACGAUAAUGUUGGCGCCGAUCUUUUUGGGCAUGGAUCGUAUGGUGUUUUCGACCGUGGUUUUCUGGCUGGGCCUCUUGCUCAUACCCAUAACGACGCUUCUGCCCGAUAUUCUAUUCACAAUUGUACAUAAUACCGUAUUCAAGUCGCUCACGGAGGCCGUACGUGAGUCAGAGAUACGGCGUUACGAUCCUGAGAAUGUGAUACGAGAAUCGAAAACAUCCUUGGCGGUCACCGGCACCUCCUGGCGGCGCAUAACCUCCGUUGAGGCAUUUCGCCGUCGUCCAAAUCAUGAAAUGACACAUGCGCAAAAACAACAACAAACUGCUGAACAGUUGCAAGUGCAUAACUAUCAAAAUAAUAAAAAUGUCAAUGCCAACAACAAAGCAACGACAAAUCGUAGCUCCAUAAUUACAGUGGAAAACUUGGAAGCCGACGAUGAGCAGCAAUGGAAGCGCGCUGAUGCGCCGUUAUCCGCAACGACGACAAUGACAACACUACAUAUUUAAGCAGGCGGUUGUGGCAAUAAUGUGGAACAUUUGAAGUGGCGCAAGCCAACMGUGAAACCAACAACGAACCAAAUAUAUUAUAGUUAUAGUGAAAAGAAAACUUUAAAAAGUGUUUUGAAAUAUUUCUUUUUUUWAAUUUUAUAUUUUUUCUAUCUAAAAUGUUAAAGCUAUCAGCAGUUACUUACCAAAUAGUCGAAAAAAGGGAAAUGUUGCCAAUAUAUGUAUGUAUGUAUGUAUACGCAAAUGUUGUUUAGCGUGUAGUUUUUAAUAUGUGUGAUUAGCUAAAUGUGUACCAAAUAGUUGUAGGUA